ACCUCUGGGAGUCUGAGAAGCUGGGACAGAGCUAGUCUCUAUCUUUGCCUUCUCUAGCCUGCAACUCUCCCUAUCUAGAAAAUCAUUCUUUCAGUGUAAAUCUUCUAAUCUUUGAAUUUCAUGAUCUGGGUGUUGUUUUCUUCUUAAUUUUGCCUCUUUUUCUCUCAUCAAUUUUCCACCUUUGGCUGUGAUUUUUCAUACAAAUUCCCAUAUAUCAUUAUGGUUGUUGAGAUUGUUUUGGAGGUUUUAUUCUUUGAGUUUUCCUAGGGUUCUGUGAUCUGUUUUUUUUAGAUUCUUGAUUAUUCAUUGUUUCAGAACAUCGAUCUUCUUGAAUCUUGAUUUGGUCUCAAGUGUUUUUCUUUCCUCUUUUUUUCGGGUGGGGUGUUUAAUACUUUAAUUAUUGUUUGCUUCAACAUGUGUGUCAUUUUUUACUUGGUGAAUUUCCCUUAUUAUCUUGUUUGGUUUCCUAGAAAAUGGGAAGAAAAGAAAGGAAAUUCAGUCCCUUCGCAACUAUUUGCCUUGGUUGUUAUUUUAUUUAUUCUUGGUUGGAUUUGAUUGCAUUAACAGGCAUAAAUUCAUGAUCUUUUAUGUUAAAUUCAACAAUAAGAUUCUUUGUAUAUGAACUCAUUCAAGUACAUCAAGCUGUCAUACAUGAAAUUCUAUCACAUUUUUUGGAUUUCAUGUAUUUAAACGAAACUCUAGCAGUACAAAUUUAUAUUUUUGAGGUUUGAGAUUAUCACUGGCUCUAUGAAAAUCUGCGAUGAAAACCCAAAACAAUUCUUACCUUUUAUUAAAGUUCUGGGAAGCCCCUGCAUUUAUGAGUUGUUUGUAAUUAAAAUUCAUCUGCAGGUAAUUAUAAGGCUUUGGUUCAUGCUUGCCUACAAUACCAAUGAGACCAUUUCUCGUUGUUUUUUAAAGCCCACGAACUUCUCUUGGGUUGGAGAGUGAAAUUGCUAGUCAUAUUGAAAGAGUGUUUAUAAUUUUAUGUAGAAGGAUUUGCCAAAAUUCAAUUUGUAUUAUCAACUGCAAAUAGCAAAUAUUUAAAGCAAAUAACCAACAUCUGCAGCUAUGCCCACUGUCGACUGUGUAAUAAUAACAAAGCCAGAUAGAGAGACUUUUUGAGGCUUCAAAACUGUAUUUCAUUUUUUUUUUUUUUUGUGGGGAAAAGAAGACUUCUCAAUGCUUUGGUUGUGUUAAAACAGCCGACAGAUACUAAGAGAACUGGGAUUCAAAGAAGGAUUAACAGAUGAUCCAUGGACUUACUUGGUUUGGUCCCAGUUUAUAGGCAUUAAAGCAAUCUAUAACUCUUUGGAAAGGGAAGAAAGCCUGGCUACUAGGACUAAUGGAAGCUGGGAUAGGAGCUGUAAAUCUGUAGAAGAUGGAAGCUAGAAAGGAAGGGAAUCUAGUAAUAAGUAGCUAGACUACAUGAGGGAUAAAGAUAAAAGAAAGAAGGAUAACUACUAGCUACAGAACAUUUUCCCAGCCUUGUGUAUUUUUCCCCUCCUUUUCUUUGUAAAUCCAUGCAUCUAAACAUCGAAUACCAGUGGUUGUUUGGUUCUAAGCUUUUAAAUGGUUGUUACCUGCUAGUUGUUACAGAAAUGGUUCUAAAUGGAGCUGCUCCCCCAAGAGGAAGUGCAGCUGCUGCUGCUAGCCUGCGUAGGAGGAGGACAACUAGUGUUGGGGCUGCAGGAGGAACAAGUGGGAAUAUGCUGCAGUUUUACACCGAUGAUGCCCCGGGACUCAAGAUUUCCCCCAAUGUCGUUCUUGUCAUGAGUAUUGGUUUCAUUGCCUUUGUUGCUAUUCUGCAUGUCAUGGGUAAGCUGUACUUUGUGCGAAGAGAGGCUUAAAAAGGUACAGCAAUGGAAGUCUCAGUUCAGAGUCAAUUUUGAAUGAAUUAUUACUUAAUAGCCACGAAACACAUUGAAGUCGGCAAGGCUUCGUUGCUGUUCACCUUGUUCGCCACAACUCUCCUGGAAUCACAUCCUUCCAACAUGUGAGUCUGUGACUUCCCCUUUUCUAUUUGCUAAAAUUAUUUACUUUUCUUCUUAUUGAUUUUGUUCCUAUUUGGAUUGUCUUAGUUUGUUCUUGAUUAAACCCUAAAGUUUUUUUGGUUUGGAAAAUUGAAAGUCCUUUCUGAAAUUUGCAAUUCAGAAAUGAAAUCCCUAGAAUCCCAAUUGGUACCUGAAAUUUGCACUAUGAACCUUUGAUUGCAAAACACAAAAUGGAAGGUAUAUUGGUGCUUAUAAAUCGUAUACAUGUCUUUCUUUUUAAAUAAUUGUUAUCAGAAUGCCUGUUGUUCUUUCUUGUAAUUUUUUUAUUCUAUGUAUUGUUUAUUUGAUAUGGUUUUAUGGAGGUCAUGAGUUUGCAAUUUUCUUGUCUUUUCAAUUUAAUCUCUUUAAUACACUUUAUUUCAUUAAUUAAUGAGUUAUUUUGUCACCUUAAAGUUCAACUAAAAUAUGUUUUGGGAUUCCUCUGUUUGGUUUCCAAGAAAAGAAACACUUGUUGAGUUUUGAAUCUUAAGUUCUAAGUUGUUUUUGGUUUCCAAAAAUUUUAGAAACUUGUCAUAACCAAGUCAAAUAGUUGUAACAUAGUUGAGUGGAAAUUUCUUUUUUCCUAGUCCCGACCUAGUCAAAAUUUUAAAAUGUACUUUUAAGGAAAAUUUGUUUGAAUUGAAAAACCAAGAGCAGCUAAGAAAGGAACCCUUUCUGGUUAAAUUAUUGCUUGUUAUAUUCGAGCUAUGCCAAGUUUUUGACAUUAUCUGGGAAAAUAAUCACAGGUUCCCUUCCCAUCCACCCCCUCUUUUUCUAUUUUUAUCAAUUUGUAUGUGCUUGUUUAUAUUGAAAUAUUGAAAUUUGAUGGGUUCUUUGUGACAGUUUAUUCAAGGCUGCCCAUCUCAGUUAGCCACCAUGAUUCACAUAGCAAUUGGCACAUUCUACCUAACCGAUGAGCAACUAAAGAAUUCACCUUCCAGGAAAGAUGAUAUAGAUGUAGGGAUGGCAGUUUUGCGGGCUAUCCGAGUAACCUGCCUCGCCCCUCCCCUAUUGGGACGGGUAUGAGCAGGUGAUAAUCAGGGAUGAGACGGGUUUAGGAAAAUUUUCAAAACUCGAAUAGGUUGGGAUGGGUUUUGUACCAACUUGCCCCGCCCCGCCCAGUUACAAAUUUAGUCUUUAAAUUUUAUAAAAUACCAAACAACUUCCUAUAAAUAGUUUCUCUAUUCAUUGCCCUAGAUCAACCAUUGCUCUCAUUUCAUCUCUGCAUAUUGCCCCUUUCUACUUCAACCUUCAGAAAUCCAUCUUCAAGGAUGAAUCCAAGAAAAACAAUAAAAUUGAGAAAUGUUUGUGGAGAAACCCUUUUCUCCGCUUCAAAUAGAAGUGGAAUCACAAUGAUGAUUGGCUCCAUUGUGAUAGUGACAACUUCGACAUUCAUCAAGUGCCAAAGCCUUCAGCCUCCAUUUCAAGCCCUCUCAUCUUUUAAAGGUGUUUUGAUUUGGUUCUCAACUCUAGUUAUAUUUUAGGGUUUUGUUCAGUUGGAUUGCGUAAAAAUAUUUGAUUUUUUUUGGAGAUUUGGGAUCUUUUUUCCUUUCUAAUUUGAGUUUUGGUUUGAUAAUCAACUUGCAUCCCAUGUUGCUCCAAGUGUGAAUCUAUCUGUCUCAGACCCAUUCAUUUUUUUUUCCAAUAUUUUCUUUCUGAAAGCCAUUGCGAUCUCUUGAAAAUUUUGUGGUGUUUUUUUCUUUUUUUAGAAAAGUGUAUAGGCAUGAAAAUUGUUAAUUUGUUCAUUGGGAAUUUUGUGGAUUGAUGUAAUGUUGUUGGUUUUGGGAAAAUCAUCCUCCCCACCUAAACAAAAAUACAUAUCUAGGUUGAGACAUACAGGGACGGGUUUAUCAUUUUUUAUGUAAACGGGGAUGGGUACUCAUCGACAUGCCUCGACUUGGUUUGGGACGGGAAUGGAGAAAGAUUAUAUAAUUGGGACGAGAAUGGGAUAGGGGUGCCCUGUCCCAAACUCGCCCCAUUGUCUCCCUAUAUAGAUGAAGCAACUGAAACAACCCUUAGAAUUUAUGGUUGCGUUCUCAUCCAAGAAAGAGGCAUUUUACUGAGACUGUAUGUCGUUAUAUUGUUCUUGUUAUUUUUUAAUAAAAAUGUAGUUGGUACAUGCAAUUCUUUUAUCUCCUAUUUUUCAUUUGUUUACCUUAAUCUUAUCAUGUUAGACCUCAAGCAGUAAUGGCCAUUAGCCAGGUUUUGUUCCAUCACUUCUACUGCAAGAAGUCAUUUGCCCAUUUCAAUGUGAAGAGAGUUGCUGCCAGUUGUAUUCAGCUAGCAUCAAAACUGCAGGAAAGCUCUAGAAAAGCAAGGCAAGUCCUCAUUGUUUUCAACAGAAUGGAAUGCAGGAGGGAGAACUUACCCAUUGUGCACUUGGACCCAUUUUCUAAGAACUGAAAGACACAUUUUGAAAGAGAUGGGUUUUAUUUGUCAUGUGGAGCAUCCUCAUAAAUUUAUGUCAAACUACCUUGCCACCCUCAAAACUCCUCCAGAAUUGAUGCAAGAAGCUUGGAAUCUUGCAAAUGAUAGAUCCUGAUGAUUGGAAUCUAGAGCCAAAAGCAUCUUCUAGAUGGCAUAAGGUUUUCUUGAGGAAGGCAUUAGUUGAUGCAUCACAACUUAUGCAAAUGCAGACAAAUGAUUUGAACCAGAUUAAUUCCCAAUAUCAGUCCUAAAGGAGCUAAGAUGUGUGUAAACUUUGGAAGCUAGUGAAAAAAUGGUGCAAGAAAACGAACUUGGCAGACUGAACACGUGCUUUGAAGUCAGUACCUAAGAAAGCCUAGAUCACAGCCACAGCUCAGACCCAGUAUCCGUACGGAAAGCUCCGGCGAGAACACCAACGAGGAGGAUUGGUACUGAAUUUUGGAUUCGAGUCUUUGGCUGCCAUAGAUUGUACUAGUACUAGUAGCCAUUCAGAUUGCAGAUGCCACUAUAGACCACACAGCCUGUGAAAUGUUGGACUUUGGUGCAUCAAUGACUCGUUCAAUUUCUUGGAUCUCAAUCAAUAUGUGGUCCUCUCCAUGACCAGACACAAACAUUCGAGUCCAGUCAAGUUUUUAAAGAUUUGUACGUAUUAGCAAAAGUGAUCUGAAGUGAGAGAGACAACCAUUUUCCGUGGGAAUGGUAGAAAAUAUGGAUUUAGGACGUUGGCCUCACAAAAGUGGACGCUGACAGCUGAAAAUGAAAUUUGAUUAGACGGGAGACGUGUGUGACUUGCAAUAAUUAGCCAAUUCGUACUUUGCCAAAUGUGGGGCUGCCAACCAUAUUAAGAAACUCUGGGUUCAAAACUGUCGUGUCGUGGUCUAACCAGAUGAUAUUCGUUGGAAACAGCUGGAGAAGGACAUUGACAAAGAUAGUACUUCAAUUUUUAUUUAUUUAUUUAUUUUUUUGAGUUU